CUAAGAUCAAAAUGUCAACUCAAUACACGUCAUUUUGAUCGCCUCACCAAAACCGACUUUCUCAAUUAUUAUGAAUAUUUGACACAUUGAGAACAAGUUUCUCAGGAUGGGUAGGCCACAGAAUGGAAUCUACAUCAUCCAAGGGGAGAUUAGUCUUGUUGUGACAGCAAUGAAGAGAAGUUCCCGAUGGGUAAAUCACACACAACAGGAUGAAGAAAGUGACCCCCUUUUGAGCAGUUUUUCUCAACUAAAGGACAUACUGAACAACAUAUCAGAUUUAGAUGAGAUUGAGCCAAAUGCAUUUUUGGGACCCUUCCUGGAGGUGAUCAGGUCAGAAGACACAACUGGACCAAUUACAGGUCUUGCUCUGACGUCGGUCAACAAAUUUUUGUCCUAUGGUCUAGUUGAUUCAUCUUUUGAAACAGCACCUGCAGCCAUUGAAAAUAUUGCGGACGCAGUCACACAUGCAAGAUUCGUAGGCACAGAUCCAGGAUCGGAUGAAGUUGUUCUCAUGAGAAUUCUACAUGUUUUACGCACUCUGUUGCUAGCACCAGCUGGCAUACUGCUCACCAAUGAGUCAGUGUGUGAAAUCAUGCAGUCUUGUUUCCGUAUAUGUUUUGAAAUGAGGCUAAGUGAACUACUACGGAAGUCUGCAGAACACACUCUCAUGGACAUGGUACAGCUUUUAUUUUCAAGAUUACCACAGUUUAAAGAAGAUCCAAAGUGGGUAGCCAACAUGAAAAAGCUGAAGAUGAGAACAGGAGGAGUUGAUCCAUCACGGAUGGGAAGAAAAAAGAGAUCCCCAAAACCCAGGCCUAAACGGCCCAAGUCCAAACCACAGGAAAAUCUAUCGGCUACGAUACAGGAGUCUGAAAACAUUUCUAGCUCAAGGGAAGAUGUGUCUGGGGGUCAGGAUGUGUCGUCUUACGGGGCUCUGUCAGAGGGCCAGGAUCCCCCCUCAGUCCCAGAGGGGCUAGAGUAUGUGAAUGCCCCUAGUGAGAGACUAGCUACCACACCUGCUUCUCCAGGGGAAGGCGGAGUAAUUGACAUCAGUCAACAGUUCCAGAAAGCAAUGGAUGAAGAGGCUGCACAAGUUUCCUCCGAUUAUUCAGAGCAUCAAAACACUGACAAGGAAACCCUAAGUUUAUCAGGGGAUUCCAAUAAUAUCAAUAUAAAUGUAGAAAAUUCUGGAUCCACCCCACAAGUUGUGUUAUCAGUCGCAGAUGGUGUAGAAACAUCACAAAAGAGCUCUGAUACUUACAUGUAUGGAGAGGCUGAUCGUGCUAGUUUACAGUCGGAGGAUACCGAGUCUGUACACAGUACAGCAGAGAAUGCCGAAUCAGCGGCGGCUGUGGAUGAGAUUGUCAAUCCCCAGGGGGUCAGGUUCACCCCUCACCACCACCAUAAAGAAGGCUCUGGACCAUUAUUGCCAUAUGGUUUGCCAUGUGUGCGUGAAUUGUUUCGAUUCCUGAUCUCACUGACCAAUCCCUUGGACCGUCACAACACAGAUGUAAUGAUUCACAUGGGCCUCAGUCUGCUGUCAGUAGCACUAGAGUCGGGUGCAGACCAUAUCGGCCGAUACAAUUCUCUUUUGUAUCUAGUCAAGGAUGAAAUGUGUCGACACCUCUUUCUGCUGUUGCAGUCUGAGAGGCUCUCCCUGUUCUCAGCUUCCCUCCGAGUUUGUUUCUUGUUGUUUGAGUCCAUCCGAAGUCACCUCAAGCUUCAACUCGAGUUUUACUUGACCAAGCUCACAGACAUCAUUGUGUCCGAGUCCCCGAGGAUCUCGUAUGAUAUACGUGAGAUUGCCCUGGAGUCCAUUGUUCAACUGUGGAGAAUUCCUGGUCUGGUCACAGAACUGUACCUUAACUAUGACUGUGAUUUAUACUGCUCUAACCUGUUUGAAGAUCUUACCAAACUUUUAUCUAAGAAUGCGUUUCCUGUGCAAGGCCUGUUUUCCACACACCUUCUGUCUCUGGAUGCCCUGCUGACUGUGGUGGACAGUAUUGAGCAGCACUGUCACAGCAGAAUACUGAGUACCAACAAACUAGGAGUAGACGGUAAACAGCCUGAUCAAUCAGCUGUGACCGGGGUGGAGGAGAGUGUCCCUGAGCCCUCUGUACCCAGUCCCCCCACUACUGGCUAUGUCAUGGCCCAGAAACUCCUCAGUAAGGACCAGACUCAGGAAAACUUAAAAGAGGAACCUAAACAUAAGGACCCUGUGACUAAAACUCAAUCCUUUCGACAGAACAGAAUGAAAGUGUCUGCUCCAAUUCCCUCAGUAGAGGAUAUUGCAACUAUUAAACAUAAGAAAAAGCUUUACUACACAGGAACAGAACAGUUUAACACCAAGCCUAUUAAAGGGAUCACCUUCCUCCAGGAGCAGGGAUUGUUGUCUGAUCCCUUGGAUCCUGGGGAGGUGGUCACAUUCCUGAAGGAGAAUCCCAGACUGGAUAAAGCUAUGAUUGGAGAAUAUGUAGCCAAGAAAUCCAACCACAAAGUCCUGGAAGCUUUUGUUAAGUCAUUUAACUUUGAGGAUCUCCGAGUGGAUGAGGCGCUGAGACAGUACCUGGAAGCAUUCCGUUUACCUGGGGAAGCCCCUGUUAUCUCUUACCUAAUAGAGCACUUUUCAGACCACUGGCAUAAAAGUAAUGCUGAGCCAUUCGCCAAUGUGGAUGCUGCAUUUACCCUGACAUACGCUAUUAUCAUGUUAAAUGUGGAUCAGCAUAACCACAAUGCAAAGAAGCAGAACAUUCCAAUGACAGUGGCGGAAUUCAAGAAAAACUUGACAAAAUGUAAUGGUGGAGCAGAAUUUGAUCAGGACAUGUUGGAGGAGAUUUACAAUGCAAUUAAGAGUGAUGAAAUAGUGAUGCCUGCAGAACACACAGGUUUAGUCCGUGAAAAUUAUCUCUGGAAGGUUUUGUUGAAGAGAGGCACUACUAAAGAUGGAUUUUUCCUCCAUGUUCCCUCUGGAUCAUUCGACCAUGACUUGUUCACUCUUAUUUGGGGCCCAACAGUUGCAGCUUUGUCUUUUGUGUUUGACAAAAGCUCAGAUGAGUCAAUCAUUCAGAAAGCAAUUGCAGGAUUUAGGAAAUGUGCAAUGAUAUCAGCUCACUAUGGAAUGAGUGAUGUGUUUGAUAACCUAGUCAUAUCUUUGUGUAAAUUCACAACUCUUCUCAGCUCUGCAGAGAGUCCUGAGAGUAUCCCUGUGAUGUUCGGGAGCAAUAACAAAGCUCAGCUGGCAGCUCGAACAGUGUUUGGGCUAGCUCAUCGCCAUGGUGACAUAUUGAGGGAGGGAUGGAAAAACAUACUGGACUGUAUGCUUCAACUGUAUCGUGCCAAAUUGUUACCAAAAGGGUUAAUUGAAGUGGAAGAUUUUGUAGACAGCUCUGGAAAAAUAUGCAUUGUAAGAGAGGAGAUAACAGCUGCUCAGAGGUCUGAGGGUGUGUUCAGUAGCUUCUACUCCUACUUCAGUUCUGAGCCAGCCACAAACAAAGGCCCUACCCCCGAGGAACAGGAGGCCUCCAAGCAGGCUCAAAGCUGUAUCAGAGACUGUCACCUAGAACAGUUAAUUCUGGACAGCAAGUUCUUGAGAGAGGACUCGCUUCAGGAGCUCAUUAAAGCACAGGUAUUUGCCUCUCAAGGUCCAGAGGUUCAUAAUUCAGAAUUACAAUUUGAUGAAGAUGCAGCAGUGUUCUUCCUUGAACUUUUGAUCAAAGUCAUUCUACAAAACAGGGAUCGAGUGGUUCCAGUAUGGCAGAAUGUGAGAGAUCAUUUAUACAACUUGAUAGUGAACUCCAAUGAAUGCACAUUCUUGGUGGAGCGAGCAGUGGUGGGACUUCUGCGUCUGGCCAUUAGACUGUUACGUAGAGAAGAGGUGGCACCACAGGUCCUUACAUCUCUACGCAUCCUCUUAAUGAUGAAACCUGCAGUAAUUCAUUCAUGCACCAGGCAGAUUUCUUAUGCUCUUCACGAGCUUCUGAGGACAAAUGCUGCAAAUAUUCACACAAGCCAGGACUGGUUCACUUUGUUUACUUUGCUGGAGGUUGUGGGAGCAGGUGCUAACCCCCCACCCCUACUGCAGGUGUGUCCAGGGAUAGAAAUGUCAGAGGCUAUCAGUGAUGCAGGUGCCCAGAGUGACAGUGAAUUACCCAGUGCUUCUGUCGGUGACAACUUCAGUGACAGAGGAUACACCUCUGACAGUGAGAUCAGCUAUGACAGGCAGAUGUCAGCACAAAGAAGCCCCUCCCCUCUAGAAAUUAGACCCAUUCCUGACAAUGGCAGCUGGCUUCUGGUGAACAAGGACACUCAACACGCACCCCGUGAGGAGCAUACCCAUGUGAGCAUUCCCAAGUUGGUUCCUAAUCAGUACAGCAUUGAGCUGAAUGAGGACCUCCAUUACUGUGACAGUAGGGCCCUGCUUAAGUCAUCAGAGACCCUUGCUUUCCUUGUCCGAGAUGCAGCACAUGUCACUCCACUUAACUUUGAGAGUUGUGUUCACUGUAUACGAGCUUUCGUUGAGGCCAGUGUAAAUGGAGGCAGAAAAAGGGUGCAUGUUUUUGCACAACAACAGAAGGUACAAAACAAACAUCAUCAUAAAAAAUCUAAAAGGGAUGCUGCAAAAAUGAAAAAGUCUUCAUCCUCACCUAGUCAUCUUCAAGCCAUGUGUGUAUCAGAUGAUGAAGGGGAGGAUGAAGGAACAGCCGGAGGACUGGCUUCACUAUCAAUUCAGCUGUUGGAUCUUAUGCACACACUGCAUACCCGUGCUGCUACAAUAUUUACUUCUUGGGCUGAAGAGGAACAAAGUUCGGAAGAAAGAGAAUCCAUCGAUGCUUGUCAUAGUGCACUGUGGAUUAAAUGCUGGUGUCCAUUGUUGCAGGGUAUAGCCAGGUUGUGCUGUGAUACUAGGAGACAAGUUAGAAGUCAGGCCUUAACUUAUCUACAACGGGCUUUAUUAGUUCAUGACCUCCAAACCCUAUCUGCAGCAGAAUGGGAAGCUUGCUUCAAUAAGGUUUUAUUUCCUCUCCUUACCAAGCUGUUGGAGAACAUCAACCUUCAGGACCCGUCUGGUAUGGAGGAGACCAGGAUGAGGGCCUCGACUCUACUCUGCAAGGUUUUCCUCCAACACUUGAGUCCAUUGUUGUCCUUGAGUACCUUUACUGCUUUAUGGCUAACAAUAUUGGAUUUUAUGGACAAAUAUAUGCAUGCUGACAAAAGCGAUCUUUUGUUGGAAGCAAUACCAGAGUCCUUGAAGAACAUGCUUUUGGUAAUGGACACGGCCAAUAUAUUCCACACGUCAGAGGGAGGCGAGUCACAGCUCUGGAAACUCACGUGGGACAGAAUAGACACUUUCUUACCUCACUUGAAAAAAGAGCUUUUCAAACCUAAAAACUCAGAGGAGACUCCUGUGAUAAGCUCUCAGCCUGCUCCUAGUACUGCUGAACCAGUUACCCAGACACUGCAUGAGCAAAAGAUCUCGCCAGAGUUGUCUCCCCCUCAGAUCCCACCAGAAGUUCCACUAGAGGGCAUUACUGUUGUAAAGGAACAUAGUCACGGCUACUACCAGGGGUCUACCGAAGAGGGUGAUUCCCCGCCCCCUUUACCUCAUAUGGCCCUCUCUCACUAUCUUAGUCAGCCCUACUGCUCAGCUGUAGGGCACCACCCUCACGUCUCGGUGCAUAAAAGCCAUGUUAGUCCUGACCCCCCUGUACCACUCUUAUUGCACCCAGAUAUAAUGCCCUCUACACCUGUACAAUUUGUGACACCACAAAGAGCGCAAGAGGAAGUACAGGCCAACAGCCCAAUGAUAGAAAACCCAUAAUUCUUCCACCGGCCUCCUCUGUACAGCACCCUGUCCAUACCAUCUAGAAGAUUAUAAAGAACUUACAACAGUUGUAAUGGGAAAAUAACAAUAGAACCCCCAUGUCCUAGCUUUUGUUGAAAUGUCUACCAACCAACCAAACUGAAUCUUCAGUUUGUACAUUGUUAUUGUUAACUUAUCAGAAGUUAUAUAGAUGUGUACCAUAUUGUGUUGUGUACAGAUUCCUCAGAUGUGUGAUAUUUUAAUAGAUGACUGUUUGAAAUACAAAUUUUUUUUUACACUAUUACCUUUUUAACUUUCAGUACUCCUCAUUGAAAAUGAAAAACAGAGCUUUUAGGUAUGGGGUUUCAUUGUAUUUUGAAACAGCUAAUCCUAAAUACUACAUUGUACGUUUUUAAAGCAGAAAUAGGCUCAGUAUAGUACACAUAUGACUGUCAUUUCAACAACAAAAUUGUACGACAUUAGGGGUAUACAUUCACAUAAAGAUUAACUAAAAACAAAUACUAUAAAAAAAUGAAAAAAACGUAUUUCAAACACAGAUUUAUUAUUUUUAAGUUUCCACUCAAAAGUGCAUUUAAUAUUCCCAUAUCUAUGAUAUCAUAUGAUAUGGAAAUUCAUCAAAGAACAUGGACAGAUUGAAACCCCCUUACUAAAAAUGGAUCAAAUCACUUUGAAUGCAGGUAAAAAGUACAUGAGGUUAUGAUAAAAAUCCUCUUUCUUUUGAUUUUGCAUAUCAUUCGACAUUAAGCUCAAUACGUAAUGGGAAUUAUAAUUAACAAGUACAGUAUACUAAAUCAUCUUACAAAAAUGACAUCAUUAUUCAUUUUUUGUGAUUUUACACAAAAGUCAUGUUUAUUUAUUUUAUAUACAUGUAUUAUACAUGUUAAAUAAAUUAUUUUUCCUAUUUGGAGAUAUAAUUACAUGUACUGCAUAUAUUAUAGGUAUGUUUGUAAACUGAGUAUCCUUUAAACAAACCUGAUUUUUUCCUGAUUUGGAUUUAUUUAUUAGACUUCUUUAAAAUUCUUUUAAUGAAUUGUUGAUCUUUGAUGACAUUGUAUAAUACUGUAUCAGGAUUGUGUUGUCUCUAUAUAUUAACAAAUGUUUUUAAAGGUACAUGUAUAAUGUGUUUGUUUAGGUCAGAUAAUUUGUAAUAUUAUAUACAGUGUAUAUAUUGAAAGACACAUAAAUUUUAUGUAUGUUAACUUUAUAAACAACAUGGCUUUCAAAGAAGGUGGCAGUCAUUUAUUAAUAGACAAAACAUCCAUUGUAUUUUAAGGCAUGAUACUAAGUUGUAUAAUAUUGAUCAUCAGUUAUGUCAAAAGUAUUUUCUGUGUGUAUUAAAUGUGAUAUGAAAGAUGAUUGUACAUACAGUAUCUGUAUUAACACUCAACUGUUUAAAUAUUUAUUGUAUUCUCAAUGUGACGAGUACUUUUAACAUAGUAAAAAUAAAAUGUUUUUAAAAAAA